AUGCCAAAUAUGUGGCUGCAGACUGGACUUGAACAUUGAUUUUCUGCUUAUCUGCAAGUCCAGAUAAAAUGGCAGACACUAAAAAGCUAGGCACUGCGAAAAGAGAAGAAGAUCCACAAGCGAAAAAGGAUAAGACACUUGCUCUUAUAGAAGACAAAGAUGAUUUCAUUCACCGUUUCCGUACACUUUACAACUCUGAGAUCUUCAGUGACAUUGUACUUGUGGUUGGAGACAAUAGGUUCUAUGCUCACAAAAUUAUGCUUGUCACAGCAAGUGAAGUUUUUGAAGCUAUGCUUAGCGAAGCAAGGUGGCAGGAAUCAAAUCAAACGGAGGUGUGUCUUACAGAGGAUGAAGAAUGUGUGUCAGUGUUCCCAGACUUUCUGAAGUAUAUCUAUAGUGGUUCAGUGGAGCUAACAACAUCAAUGGUCCACAAGUUACUGAUCCUAGCCGACAAGUAUGGUAUACAUGUCCUUCAUAAAACCUGUGUGGAGUACAUGUCUCGUCACAUCGUCACAUCACCCGACACUAAUCGCACACUCACCUGGUACCACUAUGCCAAGGUAACCAACGGCCAGCACUUACAGGAGAAAUGUUUAGCCUUCAUCCUGUCAAAUUUCAGCAUUAUCCAGAAGGCUCCUGAUUGGUUAGAUUUGACUGUAUCAGUCAUGGUGGAAUUUUUGCAGAGUUCUGAAAUUGUUGUGGAGGGUGAGUACCAACUGUGGAUGGAGGUUGAGCGAUGGAUAAAGGCUGUGCAAGAUCCAGAUAUUGUGCUAGAGAAGUUAAAAGCAGUUCUUCCUCAUAUGAGAUUCACCAUGAUGGCCCCAGCUGAUCUCCUCAAGGUAGAGAAUUCGGAUCUAUAUAAUGAUUACACUGAGUUGUUUGGAAACCGGCUGAUGAAGGCUUACCGAGGUCAUUCACUUCAUACAAGUGAUCUUAUGAGUCACACUCGUGAGGAGCCCUACCGUAAUUACCACCACAAAUUGUACCGUAUUUGUGAUGAACUCAAGCUCCGUAGCUACAUGGACACACCAAAGACUGAAAGCCAGCUUGUCACAAGUAUGUUAGUGCCCAUACAUUUAAAGCCUUUCCCUAUAGAGGUGGGAGAUGGUAGCAUUGUGUCCUUUGAUGUUGCCUUUUAUCCUCAAGGAUUCUACCAGGCACAUCCACUGUAUGGAAUGUAUAUGUCGCGUCAGAAUGAUAAUACUGUACUGAAUGUCUCCCGCACGUGUUCAUCAUCCCAGCACAUUGUCGACUUAGAUGUCACCCUAGUCAUAUAUGCCUACCGAGAAAACAUGAAGUACAUUGCCCACAGCUGUAGGAUAUCACACCAGUUCAAUAAUAAGUCCCGUCAUUGUAAGGUGGAAAAUGUGAUCCCUGUUGAACACUUUAAAUCUAAGAAGUCACCAUAUCUAGUCGGCAAAAAUUUUGAAGCAAAAAUUUUCCUGAAGAUUCAAAACAUUCAGCUGGAUGAAAAGGAGAAGAAAGAGUAAUGAUAAAAAAUCAUGAAACAUUCUAUAGAUAAUUAAAUGCCACAAAACAUACUCGCUAUAUACAAAUGUAUAUACUGUAUAUGUGUGUGUGAAUUCAUAGAUCUACAAUAAUUUCAAGUCAUGACACUGUAUACAAAAUUAUUUGUGUUGCCUGUAAAAAUUGUUAGUGCUUUGAUGUUUUUAAUAGAAUACUGCUGAAAUGUACUCUUUAUUUUAACUGCCUCUUUAUAAAUCAACUGUUAAUGUAUACAUAUUUACAUAAUUUUACUUUGAUAUUUUGAACUUGCUUUCAUAGUAUGACUUAAAAUGUGUGCAUCUUUUUUUUGGAUUUUGUACACUAAAUUCUAAUGCUGAUUAUGAAAUCAGAAAUAGCCUAAUUUUCCUCUGGCCCUGACACCCAAUUUAGACAUUCUGACAGAUAGAUGUCUUUCACUUGGGCAAAUUAGAGUAUUGAGCAAUCUUCCAUAUUUCACCCAAUCAUGUUCAAAUUCAUUGCAUUAACAAUACAAUGUCCCCAUAUAAUGCAGGUGUUCUGCCAUUUUCUAAUAUGGCUGACAACAACAAAAGCACAUGUACAUAUUCUUUUACUGCAUAACACUUAAACACAAAACUAUUUAAAUGAAUUGAUAAAAACUGUUUUAUUCCUGAAAAUAUGUAAUUAUCUUGCCUUGGAGGACUUUUGCUGAUAUACAUGAUUUGUUUUAUACAGUUCAUUGUUUAAUACUAAAUUAUUCAUGGUUAGUGAUUUUUAUACACCGUUAAAGUCGAUGACCUCCGUCCGUCUGGCAUAAACUUGUCCGGAGAUCUUCUACAUUUUUCUAUCGAUCUCUUUGAAACAUUGUUAAUGCUUUAUCAUAUAUGGUGAUAUGAAGUAGCAUUUCCCUGAACAGCACCUUUAUUUACAACUUUUUGGACAGAAUCCCAGGAUUACAGAGGAGCAGCCGUCAACGGUUGUGUUUAUAUAUAAUGUAUAAACUUGUUUCUUCUCUCUGCUGGAUAACCAAUAUAAAAGGUUGUAAGGGCAAGCCCAUAUAAAUCAUUCUGACAAAUUUGAACAUGAUCUUUGUCCUGUCAGAUCACUUUAAUACCUAAUGUUGCCAAGUUGUGAAUUUAAAAAUUUCACUGGCUGAAAAUAAAAGCUGUAACAAAAAUGCAUUGUAAUUAUAGGGAGGGAUUGUAUCAUAAGGUUUGUGUUGACACCCCGCCCCUUGUACUAUAAUAGCUAGUCAUAUAUUUCCUACUUCAGAAUCUAUACUAUUCCAACAUUGACAUAGAUCCUGUAAUGAUAUGGUGGUGACACUUAGUGAAUUGGUUGUGACAUACAUGCAUAUACAGUUGUACAUUUGAUCUGCAUAUUCCAUUGAAAUUCAGAGAAUGCAUCACAUGUUAAUUUGUGAUACAAUCUGUCAUGUGAAUGUGGAUACUGUUAUGACUGAUCUAGUCAUGAUAUAUAUAAGCUUAUAUAUAGAGUCCUUAAUGUUCUAAAACUAUGAUAUAUGGCCUGUAAACUGUAACUGAAGUAAAAUUCUUUAAAAAUGCCUACUCACAUCUAUCAAAAUCUGUGGUACAGACAUAUAACAAUGAAUAUUUCUGCAAAGUGCGAUGUGGUCCUGUAGCAUAUAUAUACAUUACCAUUAUACUGACAAGCUAGCACAAGACAGUUUGUCAGAAACGGAUAAUAACACCAUUUAUGAUUACUGAAUUUGUCAGAAACAACAAGGUAUGAUAACACCAUUAAGGCUUACUGAGUUUGUCAGAAACAACAAUGUAUGAUAAAGGAUAGUAACACCAUUUAGGCUUACUGAGUUUGUCAGAAACGACAAUGUAUGAUAAGGAAUAGUAUAACACCAUUUAGGCUUAUUGAGUUUGUCAGAAACAGAUGGUAACACCAUUUAUGAUUACUGAAUUUGUCAGAAACAACAAGGUAUGAUAACACCAUUAAGGCUUACUGAGUUUGUCAGAAAAGGCAAUGUAUGAUAAAGAAUAACACCAUUUAGGCUCACUGAGUUUGUCAGAAACAACAAGGUAUGAUAUAUAUAGAAUAGUAUAUAACACCAUUUAGGCUUAUUGAGUUUGUCAGAAACAGAUGGUAACACCAUUUAUGAUUACUGAAUUUGUCAGAAAAGGCAAUGUAUGAUAAAGAAUAACACCAUUUAGGCUCACUGAGUUUGUCAGAAACAACAAGGUAUGAUAAAGAAUAGUAUAACACCAUUUAGGUUUGCGGAGUUUGUCAGAAACGACAAUGUAUAAGGGAUAGUAACACCAUUUGUAUUUAAAGGAUUAAUUUUUCACAAUAAUUACCUGUGAUGGUAUAUUUUGUAUGAUGUUGGUGUGGUGCUUUUUGUAACAGUAUAUGUAUUUAUUCUCCUGUGAUGGAAAAUAUGUCUUGUAUGACGUUUAUAUAUACAUAGUGGUAUUUGUUGUAACUAUAUAAUCACUUGUAAUGUCACAGCGUUGAUAAUUAGUGGUAUUUGUUAGUAGUAAUUAACUGUAUAAUCAGUUUUAAUGGCACAGUGAUGAUAACUUGUGGUAUUUGUUUAAGAUAUUAUUUUCACUUUGUGAAUUUGUUUAGUUAUCUCAUUUCUAUAAGUAAUUUUGUUAGAUGCAUAGUUAUACCUACUAAUGGAAUGACAUGAUAUUUCAUAUACAUGUAUACACUUUAAUGUCUUGUAUGCUUUGAAUUGAGAAAGCUCUUUUAUUAGAGAAACAUUUACAUUAUACAUUAUAUAAUUAAAUGAGUUCUGCAUUGAUUAUAUUGGUGUUUAUGGUCCCCAGAAUUUUUUUAUCCCACACAUACAAUAAAUAUUGCUUGCUUAUUGUUAAUAUACUUGCUUGUAGUAAGUACUGUUAUUUAUUUCUAGUCAUUAUUAUUGUAUUGAUAUAAUAUACAAUAAAACUAUUUAUAAAAG